AUGAGAUUGCUCAAGUCUGAUCUCUUCGAGAUCUGUAUGGCGUCCGUCAAGGGUACACUCUCUCAGCUAAACAUCGAAUGGGAUGAUCGUCAUGCUUGCGGCAUUGUGCUUGCCAGUGGAAACUAUCCAUACUCUGGCGACAAGGGCACUCCUAUUGAUUUUGCUGAGCAUUCAGAUGCUACAGUCGUAUUUCAUGCAGGAACUAUGAAAUCGUCGGAUGGGAAAGUGGUGACGAAUGGAGGAAGGAUCCUCUGUGUUACGGCUCUAGGGAGUUCUCCAUCUGAGGCACGUUCUGAAGCCAUACAAAUCAGCGAGGCUAUCCAUUUUGAUGGCAAAUUCUUCCGUCGGGAUAUUGGACUAGAAAAGCAAAGCUCCCUGAGAUCUCUGACGUAUGGUGACUCUGGAGUCGAUAUCAGUGAAGGCAAUGCGUUCGUAAGCGACAUUAAGGAUUUAGUGAAGUCCACACUGAAAGAGGAUAGGUGGCUUUGGCGCAGUCGUCGAUUUGGUAAGAGCUGGCUAUCCGAAAGGCGCAGAGCUAGGUGA